UUAAAACCGCGUUAGGCAUGGUACGAGCCACACAUCGCUGAGUUUCACAGCGCGAUCAGACCCAAAGCUUUACUGUCAGUCAGCUCUGAUCAUGUGCGAUUUUUAGAGAGAGCAACCUAGACAAAAUCUCAACUGCACUUAUCCUCUGUUUAAGGACAGUCGGCUGACUUCGGCUUUGAUUUUGUGAUGGCAGAACCGCAGCAACAGCUGGUUGACAUCGACCCGGAUUUUGAGCCUCUCUCCCGGCCGCGCUCAUGCACCUGGCCGCUGCACCGACCGGAGUUCAGCGAGCCGGGGAGCUCCAACACCUCCUCCCCGGCACCGUCCGUCAAGCCGGAGCAAGGUAUAGUGGACUUUAUCAGCAGCCUAAGUUUACUAGAAGAAACCGAGGACUACCAGGAGGAGAAACCCGUCCUUUUGAACGACUUCCACUGCCAGGACAACUGCGUUCAUCCACAGCAACAGCAUCCCCAGCAGCCGAAUCCCCAGCUGACGCACCUGCAACAGGUGCCGCCGCUCCCAACCCCUGCCAGCAGCUCCAGCCCUGCAGCGGCCCAAAGGAAGAGUAGCUCGUCUCGCAGGAACGCGUGGGGGAAUAUGUCAUACGCUGACCUCAUCACCAAGGCGAUCGAGAGCUCCCCUGAGAAGCGGCUCACCCUGUCUCAGAUCUACGAGUGGAUGGUGAAGAGCGUGCCUUACUUCAAAGAUAAGGGCGACAGCAACAGCUCAGCCGGCUGGAAGAACUCAAUCAGACACAAUCUGUCCUUGCACAGUCGUUUCGUGCGCGUCCAGAAUGAAGGAACGGGGAAGAGCUCGUGGUGGAUGCUGAACCCUGAGGGGGGAAAGAGUGGCAAGUCUCCACGCCGGAGAGCCACUUCCAUGGACAACAACAGCAAGUUCACGAAGAGCCGCGGACGAGCAGCCAAGAAAAAGAUGUCGAUGCAGGGUGGACUGGAUGGUGGUUCUAACAGUCCUGGUUCUCAGUACCCAAAAUGGCUCGGCAGCCCCAACUCUCACAGCAAUGAAGACUUUGAACCCUGGACCACCUUUCGAACCCGUGCCAGCUCUGAUGCCAGUACGCUCAGCGGCCGUCGCUCACCCUUCCUACCUGAGGAGGAUGAGGCUGGUGAGGUUCCCAUCGGGUACCCAGGCACCAAACUGGGUGGCCCCCUCCCCAGCCUGUCCGAAGUGGCGGGUCACCACGGUUCUGAGAACGUGAUGAUGGACAAUCUCUUAGACAACCUCAACCUCAUCUCAACCAAAAAUAACACCCAGGCAAGCCAAGAGGCCCAAACUGCGUUGUCUUCUCCCAUGAUGCAAGGUAGCCCUGGGUACCCGUCUUACAACUCUCCCAGUAUGGGUCCUCAGCCCCAAGUCCAACAGGACUACCGGAGGUGCCUGUAUGGACAGGCCAGGAUGGGCGGACAGAAUCCCAUUGCCAUACCUACUUUAUCAGACAGUCAACCAGGAGGCUACGGACCGUUCGUGAGUCAGUACAACUGUGCCGCAGGGCUGCUCAAAGAGCUGCUGACCGCUGAAGCUGAUCCGAGAGGGGACAUGAUGCAGCCUUUAGAGUCAGUGGGGUCUGGAGAAGGGAGACGGGUGCUACCUAGCUAUGCUGGUCAGGGACGAAUGGCACAGGGGGGCAAAAUGAUCACGCAUCCUCACCUACAUGGGCACCCGCGCUCUCUUCAUCAAUUGCCAUCACCAGCAAUGGGCAUGAACGGCUGUGCCCUGUUGCCCCACGGGCAUCCUGUUCGCCUUGGUAACAUGAAGCUACAACCACACCUGCCUCAUCAUGCUCAACUGGGUAGAGGCGGAGGUGAAGCCAGGAUGCCAAAUUACAUCAAUGGCAAUGGUUUCCACAGGCACGGACCGGGUCCUCACCACCAUCACAGCCACCCGGAGCGGCUGCCCAGUGACUUAGAUGACAUGUCUAUCGAGCAGCUGGAGUGUGAUGUAGAAACCGUCCUUCACGACACACUCAUGGAUGGUGAUGCUCUGGAUUUCAACUUCGACCCCAUGAGCAGUCAACAAAGUUUCCCACAUGGAGUCAAGACCAACACGCAUAGCUGGGUAUCGGGAUAAACACCUUAUUUACUCAAACACAUACACAUUGGUGAGGCAGGCUGUUUUUGAUUUAUAAUAUGAAUUAAUCAUAACAAGUGUGUGUGAAUAUAUAUAUAUAUAUAUAUAUAU